AUGGGGUGGCACGUAACCCGUAGCCACGUUCUCGUGGCAUUGAGCGUCAUUGUUCUUUUUGGCCUCUUUCUCCAGCUCGACUUGAGUUUCCGCUUCACCGACUCUCGAGGGAGUGACAGCCUCCUGGGCUUCAAACUCGGCAUCGGAGGCAGGAGGCACUCGGUCUGGGACGCGCCCCCUCGGCACGGCUACGAUGAAAACUCGCCCCUCUCCUCUCAAGCCGUCACCGUUGCCGACGUCAAGGUCAAGUGGGGAGAGGAGGGAGCACCACGAACAUCUGUCCUUGCACACGCCCCAGGCUGGACUGUCCUAGACGACAUUUACCUCUUCAACGGCACCUGGUACGUUGUCACGGACAACCCCUCGAGCAUUCCAUUGCGCCGCAUGAUGAUCUCCACCGGUGCAGAGAUCUGGAACGACCAAGCAUCCAUCAGCAGGCGAGAGCCAACAGAAAAGGAGAUGCGCAUCAUCUUCCCCUCUGAAGCCAACCGUCUUUGGGGCCACUCGGUGUCCCGCGUCGCCGACACGACAUUCCUCGUCAACGACCCACCUCAAUUCCUCGACCACUACUACCACUUUGCCGCAGAAUUGCUCUUCGGCAUUUGGCGCACAUACUCGUCGCUCGACCCAUCCAUCAACGCUGCGGGCGCCACACAACUCCCAGCGCCCGCACGUAUCAUCUUCCCAUUCGUGAACGCUGGUCGUUGGAAUGACUAUGCCAAGAUGAACUCGUUCCUCAUGCGCGCCAUCUUCCCCUCAAUCUCGUUCGAGUACCGCAAUGACUGGAACGACCGCAUCGACACCGAGCGCCCCUUCAAGUUUGACCGCGUGGUCAUCGCCGACCGCGCCGCCGCAUUCCGAGGGCCCGAAUUCGCCAAAACGUGGCGCACGGCCUCUGAGGCCGCGACCCUGGGUGGAAGCCGUUACUGGUGGGCCCCUGUCCGCCGCAACCUGCUCGAGUUUGUCGGCUCGGGCACCAAGGGCAAGGAGGAGAUCAACCUUGCCGACUACGGUGUUGGCAUCGAGGACUAUGACUCUGAGGAGUACGGCGGCAAGGAGCGCGCCCUCCCCGGGAAGCGUGGCGGCAGUGUGCAGCAUGCGCAGCAGCGCGCCGAGGCUCAGAAGACCUGGACUCCGUCGACGCCAGUCAUCACGUACGUCAGUCGUCAGGACUGGGGCCGUCGUAUGCUGCGCAAAAAGGACCAUGAAGUGUUGGUCAAGGAACUCGAGAACCUGGAGAACAAGUACGGAUGGGAGGUCAACAUUGUCGCCAUGGACAAGCUCACUCGCGACGAGCAGAUCCGUCUCGCGGCCCGCACGACGAUCAUGAUGGGUGUGCACGGCAACGGUCUCACCCACUUGAUCUGGAUGAACAACCUCAACUCCCGUGCGACUGUGAUGGAGUUCUUCUACCCAGACGGCUUUGCCGAGGACUACGAGUUUACCUCGCGCGCUCUGGGAGUGCGUCACUAUGGCUGGUGGAACAACGAAUCGUUCACGUACCCCAACACACCACCUGUCGCGUACCCUGAAGGCUUCCAAGGCAACGACAUUCCGCUCGACGGCAAGGCUGUGGCGCAGUUGUGCGAGCAGCGACUGCUUGUCGAUCGCGUCGGUGGGACGAACGAGUAG